AUGCUUUUGAUAGUUUAUUUCGGAAAUUAUUAGAAUUGUGUCAUAUGUUGCAAAAGAACUGUCCGUUUUCGGUGUUUUACAUCACGUGAUAACUGCUAAUUUCAAUAGUUUCAUAUAAAGAUGUGGGAUCCAGCAUCACCAGAAAUUCUCUCGGUGGUCGAUGUUGAAGGAGAAAACGUCGAUAUCGAAAAGUUGUCGGUAAACGAUUUAAAUCGAAGGAUGCGCUUGUUAGAUACAGAAAUAAGGAUAAUGAAGAGCGAAGUAAUGAGCGUUUCACACGAGCUCCAGUCGCAAAAAGACAAGAUUAAAGAAAACACAGAGAAAAUUAAAGUGAACAAGACGUUGCCCUAUUUAGUCGCGAACGUGGUUGAAUUGCUGGAGCUGAAGCCGGAAGACACGGAGGAAGAAGGUGCAGCCGUAGACGUAGAUGCGAAAAGACAAGGGAGAUGUGUAGUAGUUAAAACUUCGACUAGACAGACGUACUUUUUACCGGUUAUAGGCCUGGUCGAUCCCGACAAACUGAAACCAGGCGAUCUCGUAGGCGUCAAUAAAGAUUCUUAUUUGAUUUUAGAGAGUUUGCCUGCGGAGUACGACGCGAGGGUGAAAGCGAUGGAAGUAGACGAAAGGCCGACGGAACAGUAUUCGGAUAUCGGCGGGUUGGAUAAGCAAAUACAGGAACUGAUCGAGGCGGUAGUUCUUCCUAUGACCCACAAGGAGAAGUUCGAAGCCCUCGGGAUCCAACCGCCGAAGGGUGUUUUGCUUUAUGGCCCUCCAGGAACGGGAAAAACCCUCCUGGCACGUGCUUGCGCUGCCCAAACGAAAUCGACGUUUUUAAAACUGGCCGGCCCCCAGUUGGUGCAGAUGUUCAUAGGCGACGGUGCCAAGUUGGUGAGGGACGCGUUCGCCCUCGCGAAGGAAAAAGCGCCAACCGUGAUAUUCAUAGACGAACUCGACGCAAUCGGCACGAAACGGUUCGAUUCCGAAAAGGCCGGAGAUCGCGAGGUCCAAAGGACCAUGUUAGAACUGCUCAAUCAGUUGGACGGGUUCAGUUCCACUUCGAACAUAAAAGUGAUCGCUGCGACGAACCGAGUCGAUAUCCUCGACCAGGCUUUGCUCCGGUCAGGCCGGUUGGACAGGAAAAUAGAAUUUCCCCAUCCGAACGAGACGGCUCGGGCCAGAAUCAUGCAAAUACACUCGAGGAAAAUGCACGUCAGUCCUGAUGUCAAUAUCGAGGAGCUCGCCAGGUCCACGGACGAUUUCAACGGUGCUCAAUGUAAAGCCGUCUGUGUCGAAGCGGGGAUGAUAGCACUUCGAAGGAACGGAAAUAUAGUCACCCACGAAGACUUUAUGGAUGCCAUUUUGGAAGUGCAAGCCAAAAAAAAGUCAAACUUAAAUUAUUAUGCAUAAUUAUUUAUGUUUAAAUAAAAAAAAUUAAAUUCGUGA